AUGAUUAUUCAUAGUUCGUUCUUACCACGCAAAAUUCAUUCCGGAACACUUCCCAGCAUCAAUACUAAAACUCUAUCUAAGGGGCAUCCAAUUACCUUAGAUUCGGAUGAGAGUACCUUGGUGACACUAGACUACGGAUUCGAAGUCGCCGGGUUUCCGUACUUUCAAGUCUCCGACUUGGAUCGACCUCUCCAAAUUGAAAUUAAGUACACCGAGCAGUUCGAUGGAUUAAACCAUGUUUGGGCCGAUGGACCUUACUAUUUUUCAAAUGGCCUCUCUAAUUCCUUUCGUGUGGAAACUAUUAAUAUAACGGAGCCCGGGAAAUUUCAAUCAUACUUCAUCCAGGGUGGGCAACGGUGGCAAUCCAUCAAGCUCCUGACCGGGGGGCGCGUCACAUUCAGUGAAGUAGGGUUUGUCCCAACUAUUGACUAUGUGGAUCUCGACAAGCUUCCCUCCAAAUUCACAAGCUCCAACCCAACGUACAACGAAAUCUGGAAGCUAGGCGCGAAUGCUGUGACGGCGGCUUGUUUCGAUGCGAAUUCGCAAGUCUCAACUUGGGAUAUUACCGAAGAUGGAGCACUAAUCCGAGGGCAAAAGCCAGGAUCUAGUGUUGAAGGGAACGCUCUUGUCGAUUAUACCUUGACUUUUUCCAGUAAGAUUGUCCGUGGGGGAACAGGCUGGUCCAUUGCACAGCCGAUCGGUGGAACUGGCAUUUUGCUUCUCCUUGUCUCUAACCUACCCAACGAGACAUCUUAUGCCAAUACCAAUCGAACUCUCACACCACCCAAUUCCGUGGUGGUUGCGGCUGGAUGGGGUUUCGUGAAUCAGACCACGCUAGAUAGCCAAGCUGUGGGGAGCUUCCCUGUUCCCUUUACUAUUGAGGAGGAGAAAUGGUAUGAAAUUUCCACCACCCUGCUCAACGGAUCCCAGCUCUCCGUCAACAUCAAUGGGACACAGGUGUUGAACAUCUCGCUCGCUGCUUAUUCUGUUGCAACGCAAAGCGCAGGCAGCUGGGGAUUUGGCCCCUAUCAGGACCAAGUUGCUGUGGUGCAAGACGUCCGCGUGCACGCCAAAAAUGGAACACUUCUGUACGAGAACGACAUGCGAUCCGAAACUAUUUUGUCCGAGUAUGGGGUUCGGCACAACACGAAAUCCAUGUGCAUGGACGGAGCUAAACGAGACCGCUUAGUCUGGAUGGGAGACCUCUUCCAUACCAGUCGAAUAAUCCCUGCAUCGACUUCUCGUUGGGACUAUGUCCGAGGAACCCUUGAUUACCUUCUGGCAACUCAAAUAUCAAACGGGCAACUCAACAUCGAUCCGCAAAUGGGUUAUAAUGCAUCUUCUUUAAAGAUAGUUUCCAGCUCCUAUGCUGGUCUCGCAGACUAUCAGGUUUUGGGUCUUCUAGCCUUUACCGGUUAUUUCCAACGGAGCGGAGAUAUUGAGUGGGCCCAAGACGUUUGGCCCAAAUUCAAAAAGCAAAUAUCUUGGAUGACGAACCAAAUUGAUAACACAACAGGGCUUGCUGGCAUUGGUGGGUUCCUGGGCUCCGCGAAUGGGACAGCCAUCAGUGCUGCUGUUGUCCAAGGGCUAAACGAAGCCGCCAUGGUGGCAGAUGCUCUCAGCGACACAAACACAGCAAGUCUAUAUCGCAAUAUCGCCUCGAAGGUCUCCAAAGCCAUCAAUGAGAAACUUUGGAAUGCGAAAUUGGGGGUAUAUGUGAGCAGUAUAUCGACCAACACCACGUUCUCAGUUGCAGACAUUGCCUUUGCCAUCACCUCAGGCGUAGCCAGCGAUGAGCGGGUCAAGUUGUCGCUUGCGCGGCUUUCGGAACUGAAACUCACCCCAGGCUUCAAAGACAGUUCAAACAGCGACACCUCGUCCGCUAACAUCUCUCCGAAUACCAAUGGAUUCCUCUUGGAUGCAUCCAUGGUAGCCAAAGACACAGCCACAGCCAAGUACCUUUUGGAUAACCUCUGGACAGCAAUGCUGAGCAAUGAAUUUGGAAGCGGAGCGUCGUGGGAGUACGUCGCUCAAGAUUUGACACCUGGUCUAAGCCUAUUUACGUCUCUCAGUCACCCAUGGGGUGGGGCAGCCACAUAUGUACUCAGCGAGCACAUUGCCGGAAUUCGGGCAGCAACUCCAGGUCAUCAAACAUGGUUGAUACAGCCUGCUCUCACGGGAUUCGACCUUGACUGGGUCUCGGCCUCUGUCUCGACGCGUUAUGGGCCACUGUCGGUCAAGUGGGAAGUAAACAGUGCCACGGUGCAUAUCGAUAUCACUGCUCCAAAGGGAACGUCGGGGAACUUGCUGCUUCCUCAAGAGACGAAAGUCAAAACCGUUAAAAUCAAUGGAAAGGCAGCAGCCAGCACACAUGAAAUAUCGCUUCAGAGUGGAAACUCCCAUAUAACUGUACAUCUGGGCUGA